AGGCCAUGGCCGGACGCCAAAGGGAGAAGGGGGUCACGGAUGAAGUCCAUCAGAACGAGAUUUUGCGGGAACUGUACCUCAAAGAGCUGCGCACCCAGAAACUCUACACGCAGUAUCACGUGAAUCCCCUGCGCAAGGUUCACACGAUAACCAGAAAGCCGAUGUCUUGGCAUGAUAACCUGGAGGAACCUGCAGAUGCCAGGUUUCUGAAUCUCAUUCACCAUGCUAUCCAGGGACCAAAGAUGAAGUACCCAGAGACACAGACUGAAAACCAGGAGAUUGGAUGGGACCCUGAGCCCUUGGUCAACCCAGAACGCCAUGACCACAGGCUGAACCACUUCAGGGUCUACAAGGACAUCACUCUGUAUAAGGCUAAAAUGUGGAGCCUGGGAGAAGAUGAUCGCCACAAAUAGCAUCCCAGUGGUGCCGUCAGUCCCUGUAUUUGAUGCCUAAAGUGUGUACUGCACAGAAAAAUAAACAUUACUUUCUAAC